GUGCUUUGGCUUCGGGGUUGAAAGAUGAGGAGGAGCAAAAAUGCGACUCCAAUUAAUGCUGGGACGAGCCGUCCUACCCCACAGGCCGACUGCCAUUAGCUUGACUGCCCACCUCCGAUCUCCUCGAAUCCUCCUCCGAGCUGCGUCCACCACUCCGAUCCGAAAACUCGACCUCCUCGCGAUAGACAAGAAGUGGAAAGGAAAAUGGGAAUUUCACAAGUGUCAGAAUUCCAGCUCCGCGUCCGCAGAGAAAGCCUAUGUUCUCCCCAUGUUCCCGUACCCUUCGGGGACUCUACAUAUGGGCCAUGUCCGUGUGUAUACAAUAUCCGAUGUCCUAGCACGAUUCAAGCGGAUGAAGGGAUACGAUGUGCUCCAUCCAAUGGGUUGGGAUGCAUUUGGGCUGCCUGCCGAAAAUGCGGCAAUAGAGAGGGGCAUUAAUCCGGCGACAUGGACAAAGGAAAAUAUUGCAAAGAUGAAAGAACAAUUGAAAGGGUUGGGGACGGAUUUUGAUUGGGAUAGGGAGUUUAUGACCUGUUCCCCUGAAUUUUAUAAGCAUACUCAACGGCUAUUCUUGAUGCUUCAUGAGAAAGGAUUGGCAUACCAGGCGAAAGCAAUGGUCAAUUAUGACCCUGUCGAUCAGACCGUGUUGGCGAACGAGCAGGUCGACGCAAAUGGGCGCUCAUGGCGGUCUGGAGCUGUGGUCGAAAAACGCGAAUUGAAGCAGUGGUUCUUCCGGAUAACUGCGUUUAAGGAGGCCCUGCUUAAAGAUCUUGAUUCACUGGCGAGCGGGUGGCCGGACCGCAUUCUGUCCAUGCAGCGGCAUUGGCUCGGAAAGUCAGUUGGCGCGCGGCUAACAUUCAAGAUAAUUACUCCCAAAGAGAAAUUGAAUGUUCAGGUGUUUACCACGCGUGCAGAUACUCUACCUGGUGCCCAAUAUGUUGCCUUAUCUCUGAACCACCCAUUGGUGACACAGCUAGCACACACAGACUCAAAACUCAAAGCUUUUGUUAACUCUGCCAGUCUACUUCCUCCAGAUACAAAGGUAGGAUACCGUCUGCCUAGUGUGGAGGCUGUGAACCCUCUUCAUGCCAUUGAAGAAAACCCGAACAUCCCAGCAGAACUUCCGGUCUUUGUAGCCCCAUAUGUUCUCGGGGAUUAUGGAGAGGGUGCAGUUAUGGGUGUUCCCGGACAUGAUUCUCGAGACUUUGCCUUUUGGGCUGAGAAUAUGCCGUCUACGCCAGUUAUCUCGGUUAUUGAGCCAAAUUUACGCAAUGGCUUUUCUAACAAAGACGAUAUCCAGAGAGCAGAAGCAUUCCUUGGAGGAGGAGUUCUCAAUAGUACGUGCGGGAAAUUCACCGGGAUUUCAUCGAAUAAGGCCAGAGAAGAAAUUGUCUCGAGCCUUCGGGAUCAUAACAGCUCGGCCGAUUUUACUGAAAGCUGGAGACUACGGGAUUGGUUAAUAAGCCGGCAACGUUAUUGGGGUGCACCGAUUCCUAUCAUUCACUGCGGUGAUUGUGGUGCAGUUCCCGUUCCUGUUGACCAACUUCCCGUGGAAUUACCCACCAUUGACGGGGCCGGAUUGAAAGGCAAAGCUGGCAAUCCACUUGAAUCAGCUGAAGACUGGCUGAAUACGCCUUGUCCAAACUGUAACAAGCCAGCCAAGAGGGAAACUGACACUAUGGAUACUUUUGUUGACUCAUCAUGGUACUUCUUACGAUUCCUUGAUCCAUCAAAUGAAUUAAUGCCAUUCUCCCCCGCUCUGGCGAGACCGGUUGAUACAUAUAUUGGCGGCAUUGAACAUGCAAUUUUACAUCUCCUUUACUCUCGAUUUAUCUACAAAUUCCUCGCUGAGUCUGGAUUAAUACCCGGUGGCCAUCGAGCAAAAUCUGAUACGGCAGAGCCUUUCCUUACUCUACUCUCUCAAGGAAUGGUGCACGGCAAGACAUAUACUGAUCCUGCCACCGGCCGUUUCCUUCGUCCAUCAGAGGUUGAUCUCUCUGUUCCUGGUUCACCGGUACUAACCGGGACCAAGGUCAAACCAAAUAUCUCCUUUGAGAAGAUGUCAAAAAGUAAAUAUAACGGUGUUGAUCCAAGUACAUGCAUCGAAAAAUAUGGUGCGGACGCAACGAGGGCACAUAUUCUCUUCGCCGCGCCAGUCAGCGAGAUUCUCGAAUGGGAUGAGACUAAAAUUGUGGGAAUUCAGAGAUGGUUUAGUCGAUUAUGGAAGAUCAUUUCCGACUCAGAAAAGUCCUUGAUAUUCGCCGAACUUGGUUUAAGCCGGGAAAAUAUCCGUUCUGCUGAUAAUCUUGCUCUACCACCUCUGGAUGAGCUAUCUGAUGACGAAGCUAAUCUUCUCCUUAUCGCACAUUCGACAAUCACUUCCGUCUCAAGCUGCAUGGAAAAGAACCCUUACGCCCUUAACACAGUUAUAUCUGACUUAAUCAAGUUCACAAACGCAAUAACUUCCUCCGCACUGCCCUCAUCUCCAUCGUCCCCAGCUUCAAAGACAGUAUUAUACAUGCUCGUCUCUUCUCUCCUCAAACUUCUAGCACCCAUCGCACCAGCGUUUUCCUCGGAGUGCUGGGAACAACUCCACACCUCUCUUCUCAGCAAGAACGAAAAUGACCAGUCGCUAUCAAUAUUCUCUUCACCCUGGCCCACGCCACUGUUAACAGAGCCACAGGUCGAAUCGCUCCAGCACCGUGGUUCAAAGACAGUAGCAGUACAGGUAAACGGAAAGCUCCGUUUCACGGCUACAAUCCCUCGCUUCUCAUCAUCUGCCGUAGGCCCGGUCGAGCAAUCAAAUGGACAGUCCAAGCAACAGGGAAAGGUGGAACGAAAUGGACCUAUGAGUGAGGAGGAGCAAUCCUGGAUUAUCUCUCAUAUACUUGAGACUGACAAAGGAAAGCUCUGGCUAACUGAAAGAAACCACUGGGAGAAGCGAAAGCGUGUUGUGGUUGUCGGUGGUGGAAAGGUUGUUAACGUUGUUUUCUAGGAUGAGAAGGCGUCUCGAUGAACGCUGGAUAUGAAUUCCAUCAAUGUUAAACAGGACAGACCAUCUCUCCUGGGUUUAGUUUAUGUACUGUACAUUAUGUGUAUAUUAGAACCUUGCUUAUAUAUCAAUGACUGGACAAAUAGAUGCUACUUUUACUGGCUAAUGUAUAGUGACUGGGAUACCGUACACUGAGGCCAGUUAAAGAUUGUGUCAGAGUGUCAAUAGCCAUUCUAGACCAUGUGAGUUACAUAUCAAUCACUGAGAGACCUAGUAUACAGGUAACAGCAGAACAACAGAGCCAACCACUUCCCACUGGUCAAAUCACAGAUGCUACCAUUGUACGAAAACCAAAACCACAAAGAAGUGAAACAGAUCUCAACUAUAAUAAAAAUGCAAUAUAACCAAAUAAAGCCCUUAAAAAAGCCGUGAACUGGAACGCCCAGCACCACUUAUAAUAAAAGGUCCAUUCCCAAACCGGGUAGCAGAACUAAGGGAGUAGAAAAUACCAAGGCCGUGGUUAAAUAGACAUGAUGGCUCAUAUCCACGGAAUUUGAGAAUAAGUCUUGUCUGGUAACAACGAAAACCUUUCUGGUAGGGGCCAAGCGGAGUCAUUUCUUCCCCUCCUCGGCACCGCCUGCGAUGAUUUGGGGUUAGAGGGGAGGCCGCCUUGCAAUUUCGACCUACUUGAGUUGGUUUCGUAAGAUGCGCGGAGGUCGGUGAGGCGUUGGGAGGCACGAUUAGGCACCGACUCUAGGGCUAGUGGUGGAGGAUCGAGAGUGCUAUCGCUCCUCUCGUUGGUGGUAUAAGUUGGAGCGGAAACGUCUUCAAGGCUCCACUUCAGCGAAGGAGGGUUAACUUGUAAAGGAUGGAUAGGGAGGGACGAAUCUAGGGAUGCGCUAGAACCAUCUGUAGAUGUCUUUUUAGGACCAGAGAAUCGAGCUGAUGUUAACGUCUCCGGGGGGUCAACUGGGAUAUGGGUGACUUUCGAGGAAUUGUGUGCUUGCUGUGCUGGCAGCGGUACUGGGAUACUACUUAGACAUAGCCCAAUUUGAACUGUUGCAGCACUUAUAUCUGAAGAACGCCGCCGGUGACUGAAAUACGGUUGUGGUGGAAGGAGGAUAAAGUCGUCGAUAUCGGUCAUCGGUACGAUGGAUGACAAUCCCGAGGAUCGAUCUCUCGAAGUGGUAGAUAAAGAAAGGAAGCUUUCCCUACUUUGGAUGCCGGCGGUUAGGCGCUCCAUCGAACUGCGGCCAUCAGGGAAAACUGCUUCAGGGAUCGAAUUUCUUCGUCGUCCUCGGUCAGGUUGCUCUGGCUCUCGGCGCUGGCCAAACCUGCCACUCGAGAAAUCUCCGCGCUUCACGAUGCUGUUAUUUCGCUCAAGGCCAACUGGCAUGAUCAUUUGUUGUGCGACAGCCAUCUCAGUGGAAUCAGUGUACCGCCUUGGGGGCUUCAUAAACCAAACCGGGUUUGCGGAUCUGGUAAUCAGGUUCUGACCAGUUGCGCGCAGGAGAAGGAAUAAGACACCAUUCACGAUCCCAAACAAAUUUAUCGCAAUCGACAUGAUCAUGGCCGCCGCAUUCGUUGCAUGGGAU